AGAGAUUGCCAGCAGGUUUGGUUGCGUGCGCUGAAGGUCAUUGGCAGCGCGAGCGGCGGCGGUUGCUUGUGGAAUUGUGCUUCUUCACUCUACAUCCCCCCAUCCGCCUCGCACAGCCUGUGCAUCAUGGCGUGCUCUUCAUCGCUCUUCGCUGCGGUACCGCUCGCGGCGCCUGUUGUCGUCUUCAAGUUAACGGCUGACUUCAAAGCAGACACGCACCCUAAGAAGGUCAACCUGGGAGUAGGGGCUUAUCGUACUGAUGAAGGUCAACCCUGGGUCUUACCUGUAGUGAAGAAGGUGGAACAGGAAAUUGCUAAUGAUAACAGUCUUAAUCAUGAAUAUGUGCCCAUACUGGGCUUUCCAGAAUUCACUAAACUUGCUUGUGAACUAAUUCUUGGAAAGGACAGCCCUGCCAUUGCGGAAGAUAGGGUGGGUGGCGUGCAGUGUUUGGGAGGGACUGGUGCUCUUCGAAUGGGUGCUGACUUUCUGCGCCUUUGGUACAAUGGACCUAACAACGCAUCCACACCUUUAUAUGUUUCUUCACCUACAUGGGCAAAUCAUAAUGGAGUGUUCGGUGCUGCAGGAUUCACUGACGUUCGCAACUAUCGUUACUGGGACCCAGCCAAGCGUGGCCUCCAUCUACAAGGGCUUCUGGAGGACAUGGAGAAUGCUCCAGAAUUUUCCAUUUUUGUACUGCAUGCAUGUGCGCACAAUCCGACUGGUACGGACCCAACGCCAGAGGAAUGGAAGAAGAUUGCUGAGGUCAUGAAGAAGAGGUCCCUUUUCCCAUUCUUUGAUGCAGCCUAUCAGGGCUUUGCAUCUGGUGACUUGGAUAAAGAUGCCUGGGCUGUUCGUUACUUUGUGAGCCAGGGGUUCGAGCUGUUCUGUGCACAGUCUUUUUCUAAGAAUUUUGGACUAUACAAUGAACGAAUUGGGAACCUGUGCAUUGUGGCCAAGGACAGUGACAAUGUGACAAGGAUUCGCUCUCAAAUGGAGAAGAUUGCCCGGACUAUUUGGUCAAAUCCGCCAGCUCACGGGGCUCUAGUUGUAAUGAGGACCCUGAGUAACCCACAGCUUUUAGCUGAAUGGAAAGGUAACGUGAAGUCUAUGGCUGACCGUGUUUUACUGAUGAGAGCACAGUUGAAAGAGAAGUUGCAGAAACUGGGAACCCCGGGCACUUGGGACCAUCUCACCCAGCAAAUUGGAAUGUUCAGCUUCACAGGACUUGAUCCUUCCCAAGUUGAUUAUAUGACAAAGAAGAAGCAUAUCUAUCUCAUGGCCAGUGGCCGCAUCAACAUGUGUGGCCUAACCUCUGGAAACUUGGACUACGUGGCAGAAUCCAUUCAUGAAGCAGUGAAGAGCAGCCAGUGCCAGUAAUCUCACUCACUUGACAUUGUGACCACUGAUGCAGCUUGCUUGUAGAUGUGAUUUUUUGUGUGUGUGUGUCUGUGUGGGUGGGGGCAGUGGAGUAUUUCUUUGGCUUUUUGGAUUCCCCUGAUUGCCUCCCUCCACCGUCCUCUGCCUGAUCUAGGAAGUUAAUUGGCAAAGUGAAGCCCUGGAAUUGGGAUAUAAUAAAAUCGUCAAGAGAUACUCAGUAUUUGAGCUUUACUUCUUGGCUCAGUAUCUUAUCUGAUUUUAUUCUUGCAGUUACACUUAUAGUUAAAAUAAAUUAUAGAUACGUUUAUGAAUGUGUGUCAAAUGAUGCCUUUGGAUUUUAACAGAAGUGAACAAUUCAUGCCUGGUCACAUCUCUUUCUUUCGUUCUUUCUUUCUUUCUUUCUUUCUGUCUGUCGUUCUUUCUUUCGUUCUUUCUUUCUUUCGUUCUUUCUUUCAUUCUUUCUUUCAUUCUUUCGUUCUUUCUUUCUUUCUUUCUUUCUUUCUUUCGUUCUUUCUUUCUUUCUUUCUUUCUCUCUCGCUCUCGCUCUCUCUCUCUCUGUCCCCCCCCCCUCUCUCCCUCUCUUUCUCUCUCUGUGUUCUUCCCCCACUUCCUUCCUGUAUGUUUACACCAUGCCUGGCUUGUUAAAAAGCCAGCUCCUGCAUCAGUUAUCUUCACGUUCUGUAUCUACAUUAUUCCUCUGUAUUUCUAUAAGUGUGUAAUAGGACACUUGGGUUUAAGUAAAUGGAGAUUUUCUGUAUAAAGGUGCAAGAGCCAUGUUGAACCAGUGGACCCUGGGUUACAGUGAUGCACCUUAAAAAUCUUAAAAAUUCUCCAUUGAGGUGAAUAGUCUGAGUUACUGAACAAUCUACAAUGUGAUCCAUUUGUGAAAAUGCAUAAUUCAGACUAAGGUUUCUAUAAUCAUGUGAAAGCACCCACAGACAAACUCUGAUGCUUGAUACAAAGCAAUAACUUGAAUCUGUAUGAAGGAACUUCCACUCUUCCCUUCCCAAAUGAUUUGAUCCAGAGCAGAAAGCCUACUGUGUGUACCUUUGGCUAAACUUUCAGUUGUUUUGAUUGGACAAGUAACUGCAAAUGUAAUACUUUGUAGAAAAACAACUGGUCACUUCAUGUCUUUGUAUAUGUAACUUUUUUUUAACCUUAAAAUCCUUCCUAAGGGCAGCUUCAUGAUCAAAAAUAACUCCUUUUCUAAGUAAACAAACUCCCUAGUAAAAGAUCCCAACAAAAUAUGAUGUUCUGAUUUCUGUUUCCAUGGUUUUGCCUUAGAAAAGAAAGGUGUUUUCUUUUUAUUAAAAGUCUAGACUUGUGAUAUUUCACAAAUGUUACCACAGGAGCAGUAUCAAGAUGGAGGAUGGGUGGGAGGAGGUAUGAUGUUCAAAGGAAACAAUGAUCAGGUAUUGAGCAGAUGUUUGAGGACAUUAGUCCAUAAUCUACUUUUUGCUAGCUGUAAAGCCGGGCUUCCAGUAUAGGCAGAGUGGCCCCAAAUGAGCCAUGACCUGCAAGGCAGCAAUGGCUAAAGCAGAGCUCUACCUUCUCACAGGGUGUCUCUCCCAUCCUGUUCCCUUUACAUCAACUUGCCCCUACAAACCCCGUCUCUCUCAGUUUUCACACAAGGGUUGCAACAAUGUUCAGGCCUCAUAAAAGGUUCAAUGAGAAAAUGUAUGGUAAGUAGUGAAUGUGGGCUAUGUACAUUAGGUUGCAUCUGAAAGACAUGAUUCUAACAAUAAUUAUUAGACAACAACUUUAUCCAAAAAGCCGUCCACUUAAAAGAAUAACAUUAGUGACAAGUAUGGAACAUCUGAUAGCAUAAAUAAUUUUCAAGAAUCAUCUGCUGAUCAAAUUAUAAGUACGCUGAAAUUGUCCAGUUGUGAGCAUUUAGAAUAAACCAAUUUUCAGUUACUGGUCCAAUCUUGGCCAAAACGAGGGCUUGGCCCAUGCAAGGAGAGCAGAACUGUUCCACCCAGAUGAGCUCUUUUGGAGAUGACUGGCUAAAGAGAUAGUCCUUACAAAUCUUUCUCCAAGUUUUCCAAUAGAAGCAAAACUCAGAAGGGGACAAAUAUUAGUAGCAAUUUCAGUUUUGUUCUCUUGUAUGGAUGAGGUGUCAGAAUUGUAGCGUACUAAUGAGACCAGGCAGAGCACUAAAUAGGCUCCAAUCUCAGCAUAGUAAUUAGUGUGGACUGAGAGACUGAUAGAGUAUCAAUCUGUACCAACAUUUUCCAUGACACUAAUUUAUAUAAUAGCAGUGAGAGUAUUAAACUAAUUGAUAACUAUCAGAUAUCCUUGUCAUUUUGCGUAUUAAUCAUACAGACUGUAGGUAAUAAUAUUUCAAGACUGGUGACUGUUGUCUGGAAUAUAAUAUUUGCUUGCAGUUUCUGGUCCUCUUCCCUAUGAUGCACUUUAAAAUCUGUAACUGUUGACUAGUAAUGAUACUGAGACUUAUUAAGCAGAAGAUAGCAGGCAGUGGUAAUACCAAAUAAGAUUUUGAUCUUAUGAUUAUUUAACAGCUAAUGAAUGUAACCAGGUUCUGGUUGACUCCAUACUAUAUUUCCAUCCAGUUGCUAUAGGGAAGACUGUUUAUCAUGUUGACUAUAAUUUCUGUGCAGUAACACCUUUCCAAUAAUGAUUAAGUUAGAAAUUAUGACCCUUUGGUUGGUGUUGAGAAGAGAAAAUUUUACGUCCUCUGUUAUUUGCUGGUGGCCACCUGAUUAAAUCUUCAGUCAGUCAUUUAAUUGAUUUUUGGCAUUUGGUGAUUAACUGAAUUGCUGUAAAUCAAAAAGAAGUGCUUUAGUGAUUCAGUUCCAUUAUGUAUGCUGCUAUCAGCUUCUGAAUGAAUGUCCAUUAAAAUACUGUAUGGAAUAUAUAUGUGUGGAUAAUUGACAAAUUCAUCUAAUGUAUAAGAUGUAACUGGUCACAUCAAAAACAAUACAAUAUUAAAAAAAACAUAAAACUU